GUGGACAUUACCAACAGAGUGUUCAUUACCAACAGAGAGUGUUCAUUACCAACAGAGAGUGGACAUUACCAACAGAGAGAGUGGACAUUACCAACAGAGAGAGUGGACAUUACCAACAGAGAGAGUGGACAUUACCAACAGAGAGAGUGGACAUUACCAACAGAGAGAGUGGACAUUACCAACAGAGAGUGAAAGGUAUACCCGGGAGAGUGAGGCGGACACUUUGCCCGAUGUCUCAGGAUCUCUCCUACCAAACCAUGAAGGUGGCGAAUCAGGUCAGGGAGGCGGAAGAACUCCGGUCAGAGGCACGUCGCAAAAAUCUCCUGAUUUUAAUUUUGAACUACCUGUCGGAUGAGGGUUACAUGGACACUGCCAACUCACUGGACCAAGAAACCAACAUGGGACUACACCGUUUUGAAGUCUGUGACAACAUCGAUCUGGAAACCAUCCUGAUGGAAUACGAAAGCUACUAUUACGUCAAGUUUCAGCGAUUCCCAAAGCUAACCAAAAAGGCAGCGGACAGCGAAAGCGGAAAAUUGCAGCUGAGAAGUGGAGGGAAAUUAAAACGGACAAUGAGCUACACCAGCCAGGUGCUGCCUAGAAUCUCUACCACAAUGCGGCCAUCAUCCAAGACAGCAGUGAGGAAGACUGAGGUGAAAUCCGCUAGCAAGGAAAAACCAAAACAGGAAAACGGAUCUGCUACACCUUCUGACACCUCUGACUUUGGCUUGAGUGUAUCAGCCAUCAACAAGUGCGGAGACGGUCCUCAUACCAAGCGGAUCAUCGAUUUCCGCAGUCUGAUCCAAGACGCUGUGAAAAAUGAAGUUUCGCUGAACAGCCUGAGUUACAAUCAAGACCCUUCGGAGCGUUUAAUAAAACCUCUGGGUGCCUUCCUAGGAGCCAACAGUGAAUUGAGGGAGUUGGCGGUAGUUAUUAGCCGGGAUAUUUAUCACCACAAUCCCAACGUGACGUGGGACAGUAUCAUUGGGCUGGACGCAGCCAAGCGACUGGUGAAGGAGGCCGUGGUUUACCCGAUUAAGUAUCCUCAGCUCUUCACUGGCAUUCUGUCCCCAUGGAAAGGGCUUUUACUCUACGGACCCCCAGGCACGGGGAAAACACUGUUGGCCAAGGCUGUGGCCACGGAGUGUAACACCACCUUCUUCAACAUCUCGGCUUCAACCAUCGUCAGCAAGUGGAGAGGCGACUCCGAGAAACUGGUCCGGGUGCUGUUUGAACUCGCUCGAUUUCACGCUCCCUCAACUAUCUUCCUGGAUGAGCUGGAGUCCGUCAUGAGCCAACGGGGCAUUGGCCCAGGGCGGGGGGAGCACGAGGGGAGCCGGAGGAUGAAGACGGAGCUGCUGGUACAGAUGGAUGGUUUGGCCCGUUCAGACGAUCUUGUCUUUGUUUUGGCAGCUUCAAACUUACCGUGGGAGCUGGACCACGCUAUGCUGCGGCGGCUGGAGAAGAGGAUCCUGGUUGAUUUGCCCACCACAGAGGCCCGGCAGGUGAUGAUCCAGCACUGGCUGCCGCCUGUCAGCAACAGCGGGGGUGUGGAGCUGCGCACACAGCUAGACUACAGCCUGCUGGGAGACAAAACUGAAGGUUAUUCCGGCUCCGACAUCAAACUCGUGUGUAAAGAGGCAGCGAUGCGUCCUGUCAGGAAAAUCUUCGAUGCCCUGGAAAAUCCCCAAACAGAGAAGAACCCGCUGCCCAACAUCAAACUGGAAACUGUGACCACAGAGGAUAUACUGGAAGUCAUCGCUCACACCAAACCAUCAGCCAAGAAACUCAGCCAGAAAUACACAGCCUGGCAGAGUGACUACGAGUCUGUGUGAUAGGAGCAGAUUCCCCGAGGGCUGGGCCCUGGGUGACAAACCUCCCUUCCUNCCCCCCCCCCGUCAGAGCCUGGUCACCGACCGGCCCAGGAACAUUCAACCAAAACACCAGAGGGGAAGAUCUUUGGGGAGACUUCUGUCUGAGAACGUUUAGUGAAGAACGUGAGUUUGACACAGCGACUAUUCAGGUGUUGCUGCCAAGUGACUGACUGUGUUUGUAGGCAACCAAGCAAAGAGCCACACACAGCCAGGAAUCAAUGGCAGUUUCAUGUGGAGCUUUGACUGAGCGGACAGGUGGCACUUUAGGUUUGAUGUCUCCUCCUCGGGACGGCACCUCACACUACGCGCAACUCCCCAUCACCAUCCUGGAGUUUCAGGCUGGCAUUUGGAGUUCAGAUCACAACAAGGGCCUCGACUCCACAACCUUCAGAGCCAGGGGCAAGCGGCUAGCGAAUGAUCCAGACUAUCUCAGAUAGGAGUGUGGCCACACACACACACACACACACUAUCCCAUGCAGGAUAUUUAAUCUUUCCUCGAUGGAUUUCAUAAUCUACACUUCUCAACAAAGGUGUCAGUGUGUGUUUGGGGGUGACGGUGGGACAAUUAGAGACGAGUUGUUUUAAUCGCCAAGAAGUAUAGAUGAGAAGUCACACAUGCCAGGUGGCACCAGAACUGAGCAGCGAGUCAAAGGGCAGCACAGGAGGAGGGGGGGACUCACUGUUACGGAACAGAAACAGGUAUUUCAGCGCAUGAAGUCUGCACUGAGUUAUCUCCCAGAGUCAUCUAGUCUAUUCCCACUCUUGCUGUCUAUACAUACUCCCACGCCCUGUAUUAUCCAUCCUUUUCAAGAAUCUUUGCCCUUGAUACUGCAUCUAGAACAAUGAAACGUUUGACAGGGAAUUACUAUAAAUCAGCAUUUCAGUUUAAUCAUAAUCUGACAACAAAGUGCUCACUGGAGCGUCAGUGAGGCUUGAGCCUGCAGGGAGUGCAGGGAGUGCUGUAGUGGUUGUGUUACACAAAUAGUUCAGUGGUUUGGGUGGGUAAAUUCUUUCAUUUUUGCACUGGUCUACAGUAGUGAGUUUGACUAAGGUUUUUAAAUCCUGGGACACUGAAAAUCCUUUGAGAGUUUGCGCAGGAAAUGUGCACAUUUGUGAUGUACAUCAGUAUUACACACCCAGGAAAUAAAAUAUUACUUUUGGUAACGUUA